CACCCCACUACUACUCUACCAAUGCAAUGCAAGGUGGUGAUGAUACCAUACCAUCAUUCUCGACACUCAACACUGCCCGCCCCCCACACACACCACCAAAUCCACAACAAGAACGCCAUGCCAAAAAGCUUCACACGAUGGAUGGAGCUCACCACCUUGCUAGCCACAGCCAGUACCGCGGUCCAGAACUGCCGCCAUUGAUCGGAGUCCCCGGCCAACUUCACCUCACUUAAUUUCCACGGCUGCAGCCAUGCAGCUCGCCGCGCUGUGCACGGACCCCUUCGUGCUCUCCUGCACCUUCCUGUGCCUACUGCUCCACCUGGCCCUCCGCCGCUCCCUCAACCGCCGCAGCAGCUCCCGGCUCCCUCCGGGGCCUCCCGGCCUGCCCAUCCUCGGCGCGCUGCCGUUCGUCGGCCCGGCCCCGCACGCCGGCCUGGCGGCGCUGGCGCGCAAGCACGGGCCCGUCAUGUACCUGCGGAUGGGCACCUGCGGGGUGGUGGUGGCGUCGUCGCCGUCGGCCGCGCGCACGUUCCUCAAGGCGCUGGACGCGCGGUUCGCGAACCGGCCGGCGGUGGCCAGCGCCGCGGACAUCACCUACGGCCGCCAGAACAUGGUGUUCGCCGACUACGGGCCCAAGUGGAAGCUGAUGCGGAAGCUGGCGAGCGUGCACCUGCUCGGCCCGCGCGCGGUCGCGGACUGGGCGCGCGUGCGCCGCGACGAGGCCGGCCGCGUCCUGCGCGGCAUGAAGGAGGCCGCGGAGGUGACCGGGCGGGCCGUGGUGGUUCCCGAGGUGCUGGUGUGCGCGCUGGCCAACAUCGUGGGGCAGAUCACGGUGAGCAGGCGGGUGUUCGACGCGCAGGGCGACGAGUCCAGCAGCUACAAGGAGAUGAUCGUGUCGCUGCUGACUGGCACCGGGCUGUUCAACAUCAGCGACUUCGUGCCGGCGCUGUCGUGGAUGGACCUGCAGGGCGUGCAGGCCAGGCUGCGCCGGGUGCACCGCCAGUUCGACGGGCUCAUCACCAAGCUGCUCGCGGAGCACGCCGCGACUGCCGAGGAGCGCGCCCGGGACGGCCGGCUCGACUUCGUGGACAGGCUCCGCGCCAGCAGCAACGACGGGGGCGACGGGAACGACGACGGCGAGACCAUCACCGAGGUCAACAUCAAGGGCCUCAUCUUCGACAUGUUCACUGCCGGGACGGACACGUCGUCGAUCAUCGUGGAGUGGGCAAUGGCGGAGAUGAUCAACAACCCGUCAAUCAUGGCGCGCGCACAGGAGGAGAUGGACCGUGUCGUCGGCCGCGGCCGCCGGCUCGAGGAGUCCGACAUCGCCAACCUCCCCUACCUGCAAGCCAUUUGCAAGGAGGCGAUGCGCCUCCACCCCUCGACGCCGCUCAGCCUGCCGCACUUCUCCUUCGAGGAGUGCGAGGUGGACGGCCACCACGUCCCGGCCAACACGCGGCUCCUCAUCAACAUCUGGGCCAUCGGCCGCGACCCGGCGGCGUGGGAGGACCCCCUGGAGUUCCGGCCGGAGCGGUUCAUGUCCGGUCCGGCGGCCAAGAUCGACCCGAUGGGCAACAACUUCGAGCUGAUCCCGUUCGGCGCCGGCAGGAGGAUUUGCGCCGGAAAGCUGGCCGGAAUGGUGUUUGUGCAGUACUUCCUGGGGACGCUGGUGCACGCGUUCGAGUGGCGGCUGCCGGACGGCGAGGAGAAGGUGGACAUGGCCGAGACCUUCGGGCUGGCAUUGCCCAAGGCCGUCCCGCUCAAGGCCCUCGUCACGCCGCGGCUCGUGCCGGCCGCCUACGCGUGAUUGUUCUUGUGUGUCUGGAGUUCGGGAGAUCAGUGUAGUGUUUUUUAUGUCUGGUGUGACCCAACUUUGUGUGCUGCAUGCUUCGAACAUUUUCCUUCAUGAUAAAAAGAAAUUACCUGCUUUAAGUUGCCAAAAAAGUACGAUUGCCUCUUU